AUGGCGGGGAGAGACGACGACAACGGUGGCGACGGCACCGUUAAUGAAGGCGACGGCAACAACGAAGACGAUGACGACCAGAGCGAGCAGAGCGACGAGAGCUACGAUCCUCAGCAUGUGACGGUGCCGUUAACUCUCUGUCUCGCUAUUAUGGUAGGGUAUAUUUGGGGCGGAGCAAUUCUGUUUUCGAUAUGGGAGGAUUGGAAUAUGCUGGACGGUUCUUACUUCUGCUUCGUGUCUUUGUCGACCAUAGGUUUCGGCGACAUCGUCCCUGGCGACGAGAUCUACUCCGGGCAAGGCCUUGAUUUAUCUUUCAUCUUCUGUUCCAUGUACUUGAUGCUCGGAAUGGCGCUGAUUGCUAUGUGUUUUAAUCUUAUGCAAGAGGAGGUGAUCGCCAAGAUACGUAGCCUAAUGCGCAUCGUCAAGUACAUCUUCAGAUGUGAAAGAUGA